UCAAUACGAAUCCACGCGAUCAGGAAUUUCACGUGAGGGCAAAAUAUUUUAAGUUGGUCACGCGAAGAUAGGCUAAGUUGCGUGAUUUAAAAGUGACUUCUGUGACUUAUGAGCUGUGCUUUAUAAAUCGCUACAUCGACAAGUAGCUAUCUUUUUGCAUUCUUAUUGUGACCGCACUGUUCGCGGUUCUCGCGGUUUUGCUAAUUAGGCUACGUGAGGUGAGAAGAGUUUGAUGGUUUCAGGCGAUCGUAUUAGCGAAAUAUCACGAAUGAUAUUAAAACAAAAAGAAAAUUAGCUAAUCAACUAACAAAUAAAUAAAUAAGUGACUAAUUUGUAAGUAAUGUUAAUAUAUGUAAUGUUUUUUGAGCAGGUAAGUGUCUUCAACUAUUGUUUUUACUAGGCCUAUUAAAAACAGUUGCUUUAAUUGUCUUGGUUUUUUACAGUUAAAACGCUGACAUUCGACAUAACGAUUGAUAUCUUCCCUGCAUCUCUGGGUCCGUUUAAAAUGCUUUAAAGUAUCUGUGGCCAUCUCAGAAAAGGAUGUUCUAACAACAAAUAUUGUCUCAGAUAGAUGCCUUUUUGAACGAUCCAUUGUGUAGCCUAACACAACAUUUCCCUUAAUAAUUAGACCUGAGUUUGUUGUGACAUGAAGUAUACGAAUUACUUGAAACUGACCCGCGAAAUCCGACCCGACAGCUCAAAUUAUAAAUCAUUUUAUAGGUUUACCGUUGUGAUUUGGGCCACAAUGGUUAGUGAUCGGAUCUUUCUUCUAACCAUAACCUGCUCCGUCUUAAUGCUGCUAGUUAGCUGUGAUGAUGUUCUAGAGAUCCGCUCGCCAGAAGGUAACAUGAAGGCUCAAGAGGAGAAAGAACUGAUCGAGGCUCUUCAAGAAGUUCUUGAAAAACUGAGAAACAGACAGAUUCCCACUGCAGAGAAGAAGUUUGGUUGGGUUCCCUCGUGUGAUGCAGGAGAGCAGUGUGCGGUUCGCAAAGGUGCUCGCUUCGGGAAGCUGUGCAGCUGUCCAGGAGGAACCACCUGCAGCUUCUCCAUCCUCAAGUGUUUGUGAAAACAUGCCUCAUUCUGUCAUUAUCCAGUGUUUUAAUGUGCCUACAGAUGAUUGUUAGAGAUGUUUGUUGUUUCCCAUCAGUUGUAACAUGUUUUAUUAAUGCACACAUCAAAUAAAUGCAUGCAUUUUUGUAUAUAUCUCUAUUUUUUAUUCAAAGUCUGAUUACU